ACACACACACACACACACACACACACACAAACAUGCACACACACGCACAUGCACACACAUUCAUAAAAGUAUGUGCCUGUGACAACAUAGCACCAUGUCGUGCAUACAGAUGCACUCCUCCAAAACGUUAUGAAAAAAAAGGCAGAGGGAGAGAAGGGAAAUAUCUCGUUUACCACUAUCUCUCCAUCCUUGUGAUAAGUGUGAGACAAGGACAGAUAAGUAAUGUGCAAUAAGGUGAGAAGUCUUAGGCCACAGCUCCUCCCCUCACCUUGUUCCUGGCCCAAUCAAAUGGGAUUACGGAUCUUUUAUGCCAGGGAUCUCCCUUGUCAUGGCUGUAAGAAUUAGAUGAAGAAGGGACCAGCAGACAGGGAAAAGGAGACAGACACUAUAAAGUUAACUGGUAAUAUAAGUGAACCAAAGAGAGGAAGGUUUGAGGAAGACCCAGUUGAAACAGGAAUGAAGUAUCCUCCUGCUCUUCAGAGUAAAUCUCUGUUAGAUAUGGAAGUAGCAAACUAUUGUGAAGGCCUGGAUCCCUCAUACAGCACGCUGGGCUUUGAGAAUGCAGAGGUGCUCUGUGGAGGAGGAGGUAAGUGCAUGUAUUCACCUAUACACACAAACCCAUACAAACAAUGCAUGCACAUACAAACAAACGGUAACUGAAGGACAGAACAACUGUUUAUAGCAUUUGUUUCGAGUUGGACAUGCUCACAUAUAGUACUGAAGUGAUCAGGAUAGCAGACUCCAUCUUUAAAAACAAUCAUACUUUUAAAUGUCCUAGCUCCUCCAUACAUCAGAUGUUUUCUUUCAUUUUGUAUUCCAGCCAGACCACUAAUGUCCUCCACUGCUUUACCUUUAAAUAUUCCUUGUGUGUUCCAUAAAAGUACAGGUGAGGUCGCCUUCUGUUUUUACACCCUGAACUGUGAACUCAGUGGCCCUGAAUUUGGGGCAGAAUGGCAAAAUAUUUCCGUAUUUUUUAAAGGAAAUGAAAGACCUAUCCAUCUAAUGUGGCUUUUAAUUUGGAGUAAUGGUAUAUCCUUCGUAUUUAGCCUUUGAUAAUUGCGUUUUAUUUCAAUUCCUGAUUUGAUUAUAUUUUACUGGCUUUUAUUUAUUUUAAAAACGUUAUUGUUUUAUUCCUAUAAUUAUUAGUCUUGCAAAUCGUUUGUUAUUAUUGUGUAUAUUUUAUUUUAUUUUAUUUUAUGUUUUUUUAAUUUUUUCACUGUGAAGCACUCUGGGCUGCAUCUAAAAUCGAGUUGGAGUUUAUAAGUAGCUCACUCACACAUUUCCCAUAAUAAGGUGGAUGCUUUCACAAUGGAGCUUAUAAAUCUGUAGCCUCUUGUUUAAGUUGUUUAAGUUGAGGUAUCUUUAUAGGAGUGUUUGGGGUGGGUCAUCUACAGGUACAGUAGACUUGAUCUACUCUGUUUUUUAAAUAAGAACUUUGCUGAUGAAGUGAAGUGAAGUCAGCUGAAGUUUGCAGUUUGCAGAUAAGGAAAUCAGCUAACAUAACAAGCUAAAAUAAGCAAUGGGGAAACACAUGACAUUUUAAUGUUGGUUAAUGAUGCAUGUAUCCUGUUAACACGGAUUGUGAGAAACGAAAUCAGCCUGACUUUUGUUUGUAUAUGGGUACAGUGUGUGAGUGGAAAUCAGUAUUGGUGAAAGAGAAGGGGUGGGUAGGGUUGUAAAAACAUGAGAUCAGAACGUUAAUAAAAGUGUUGUGGCAGAAAUUGCAGGUAUGUGUCAUAAAGAUGUUUUAUUGAAGAGAAAGCACGCAUCUCAGUGAUACACUGGUGUCACCACAGCAUGUGAACAGAAAGUUAGUGGAACAUUGACUCAUCUCGCCUCGGUGACGCCUGGAGUGGGACAGAGAGAGAUGUGAGUGGGGGGAUGUGAACGUGUCUGUGUUGAUGCAUACAGAGUUUCUACCUGCACAUGCCAUGAUUGUGUUGUGUCGGCUUUGACUGAAUGACAAUGACGAUGAUUACGGUUCUGAUUAUGGAGAUGUUGCUGCUGCCACUGAUAACAAUCAUGAUCAUGAUGAUUAUGAUAAUGCUGAUGAUAAUAAGGAGAUGACAGUAAAACCGUCAUGUUUAACAUGCCUGGUGAUUGUAAUGCCUUUUUUUUUUAUUGAUUUAUGUUUAGUUUGGUGCUUGAAUCACACCCACAAAAACCCCAAGUAACCUCUGUCAUUUUUCUAUGGAAAAUACACAGAAUACAUUUAUUUUAGUUGUGUGAUGAUGUAAUCACUCUAAGUGGCUUAAUUAGAUGGAAUAGUGUAGUUGACUGUCCGUACUGUGGUCCCAUUAUUAUACUUUUAGAAGCUGAACUGUUUCUGGAUGUUCACUGCAAUAGUGAAUUUGUGUCUGUACAAAUGUAUACAAGCAUGUGUCUGUGCACCUGUAUGGAGAACAGAUGGUGAAAAAAGUAAAAUAAGUUGAUAACUGAAUUAAUAAAUAAUAAAUGAUACUAUGCUGUUACAUGUACCUCAAAUAAUACUAAAAAUAAGUAGGUGAAAUAUAUUUUUUUCCAUUUAUUUUUUCUAUUAUUUAAAAUAUUAUGUUUUUAAACUUAUUUAUUUAUUUCAGCAUUUAUUUAUUAUUUUCCCUUUGCAUUUUCCUCCUAUUUAUUCCCCAAACAUAUUUAUUUCUGUUUUAUUUUCGUUAUAUAUAUAUAUUUCACACAUUUCUUCUUCGUUUAAUAAAAAAGGGGGGAAUUAAAUACCAAGGUCAAUAAUAACAAUGCAUAUUAAAAACAGAAACAUCAAUUUUUGUCACAUAUCGUUAACUAAUUAAUGCCUACAUUUAUUUUUGGCACAUUUAAUGGCAUAUUGAUGUAUUUAUCAGGUCAUGCUUUAAUUUUUUAUUUUGGCAUCUUCCAUCCUCCACAUACUUGUGUGUAUUUAUCUGUGGAAGUGUUUCUGUGUGUUUCAGACAACAUGCCCACAGAGCCAAGCCUGUCAUUGGGUCCAGACGGGGUCAGCAGUAACUGUGCUAUCUGUGGAGACAAAGCCACAGGGAAACACUAUGGAGCCUCCAGCUGUGAUGGCUGUAAAGGCUUCUUCAGACGCUCCAUACGCAAGAGCCACGUCUACACCUGCAGGUUCAGCAGACAGUGCAUUGUGGAUAAAGAUAAGAGGAACCAGUGCCGUUUCUGCAGACUUAAUAAAUGCUUCAGGGCUGGCAUGAAAAAAGAAGCUGUACAGAAUGAAAGAGAUCGGAUCAGCUCCCGAAGAAGUAUCCCUGACUCCCAAGACUUGCCACCUAUUACUAUUCUGGCCCAAGCUGAAUCACUGUCCCAACAGAUCACUGCACCAAUUGGAAUAGCAGACAUAUCGGAGCAGAAGUCAGCCACUGUCGGAGAUGUAUGUGAUUCUAUGAGACAGCAGUUAUUGGUGUUGGUGGAAUGGGCCAAGUACAUUCCUGCAUUUGGAGAACUGCCACUGGACGACCAGGUUAGUUUGCUCAGGGCUCAUGCCGGUGAACACCUUUUGCUUGGGGUCGCCAAAAGGUCAAUGCAAUUCAAGGACUUCCUGCUUUUAGGUAAUGGCUGUGUGAUCCACAGGAACAGCCCUGAACAAGAGAUAUACAAGGUAGCCAACCGAGUGCUGGAUGAGCUGGUCCAGCCCUUCCAGGAUAUUCAAAUAGAUGACAACGAGUAUGCAGCACUCAAGGCUAUUGUCUUCUUUGAUCCAGAUGCAAAGUCUUUGCGGGACCCAUCGAAGAUCAAGGCCAUUCGUCUGCAGGUCCAGAUGAGUCUGGAAGACUACAUUAAUGACCGUCAGUAUGACUCCAGGGGUCGUUUUGGAGAGCUGUUACUCCUGCUGCCCACCCUGCAGAGCAUCACCUGGCAGAUGAUCGAACAGCUCCAGUUCAUUAAGCUCUGUGGCCUGGCCAAGAUAGACAACCUGCUGCAUGAGAUGCUGCUGGGAGGACUUACGUCGGAGCCCACUCACCUGCACCACACAGCACACACCCAGCUGGCCCAGGACCCUCUGACUGGACACACACUGGUCAUUAGCACCAUGCCUGUCAUUCACACUCCACAGACAGCCUCUCCAGACACUCCCAUCCCGUCGCCCCCUCAGGGUCCUGCCCCAGAGAAGUACAAACACUUCCCCCAGCCCCUCUGUCCUCCAGCCAGCCCCUCACCUUCCACACAGACAGAUCUCUGACUUCUCCUGCACUCUGUCAAAGAAGCUGACAUGGGCACCGUCUCCCUGUCCCUAAUUCAUCAUCCCAGCCGUGGCAUAAAGAUUAUGAAAGCAGUCCCUGUUUAUAAUGUCUGCAGUUAGACUUUACCCUGCUUCUUCUCCCUGUGACUCCUGCUGAUGUUGCAACAAUAACUAAGAAGUAAUUAAAGCUGCCGUGUGCAGCAGUUUAACACUUCAAUAUGUCACUUUUAAAAUUCAGUGAACUAAUGAAACACUGAACCAGGGUUUAACAAAACAUGCUGUGCAUUUUUGUGGUUACCUAAAACCAACAGACUUUUUUUUCAGUGCAGUAUCUGGGUUUUACAACACUUUCAUAUAAAUCAGGGACAUGCUCAUAGGCAUGAUGGAUAUUAGCCAGCUUUAAAAGUUUAUGCUAUCUUAAACUUUUGCAUUAUUGAUGUGUAAGUCUUAUUUUUUAUUAGCAGAGAAUGCUCCCUAUCUUUAUGGUUCUUUAUGUGCAGUCUAACACUUGCAUAUCAAAUGGCGAGUCCACAUUAUGUGUAAAUUUACAAAAUACUAUAUGUGUAAUCAUAAACUGCAGAGGCAACACUAAUUGAAACAGUCAUGGGCUAACAAAUUGCAGCUGGCCAUCAAAUAUAAAUUGAAUGCUUUCUUUUGUUUAUACAGUAUGCAUCAGUGGGACCUAUUACACCUGUAAACUGGUCUGAGAUCAGUUACUGUGUUCUAAAGAACUUCAGAGACAUUGUUGCUGAUUUUCAGGAUUUAGAUUUUUUUUUACUCAAACACAUUUUAUAGAGUGUACAGUGGAAUUUGUGGUAUGAAAAGAAGAUUGAAUAGUUUGUAUUUAAUACUGGGUCAUGAAUACAUAUAAUGUAGACAAUGGCACACAUAUAUCCUGUAUGUAUUCAGCAAAUAAAACAUAAUAUAGAUCAACAUGAUUAUAAUAAUAUCCUUUAUACACAGUUGAUAAAGCUCUCAUGUUAAAUACAAAAAGGAAUGUGGAUAAAUUGUAAUGUUUUAAUAACUAACUGUGUAUAGUCAAAUGGAUGGUAAGACAUAUUUGGAUCAUCAAAGUGUGUUGCUGUUCAAUUUCUAGAAUCAAUUGUGUAUUUUUAUUUUUGCUUUGUGUUGAUAAUGUGUAUGCAGUAUAUUGAUUAAAAUGCAAUUUCAUUUAUUUUAUUUGAAAUGAAUCUGUUAAAUGUGAAUUAAAUGAGAAUGUUUAACAUACUGUACACAGAGACUCGGAAAUCACAGUAUGAAAUGGUUCAGUAGCACCCUCUUGAUGCCACUAGAUAAAAUACAACAAAUGUAAAUGGACUACUUAUACGUGUAAGCAUUGGUACACAAUGUGAAAUGAGUAUGCAUUCAUUUAUUUCUGUAUUGUUUUU